UGCUGACAGUGGGCGUUUUCCUCCCCGGACAGGUGCGCUUUUAGUAGAGCGGGCGGCAGGUUUGGCAGGAAAAAGUCCUGCAGAGCCGGUCAUACACAAUAGGAGGGCAGAGACACUGGGAGGCGGGCACAGGACAGACAGGAAGAGCCCCGGACACAUCGGAUACGUGUGUGCUCGGUGUCACUCCACGAUCGCUCGGGUGUGUGCCAAUGAAGGUGAUCGCUGUGCCAGUCUAGUCCCUGGAUCCGGAGAGCAGCCCAGGCUCCGCACAGAUGAAUAACACCACGGCUGAUCAGUUCUCCACGAUGGAGCCGAAUGUGUCUCUUUCUACUCUGAUUCUCAACACAACGAGUCAAACUACGUCUGGCAGAUCGGAGGAUAUAUUUAGUAUGGACAGUGAGACUUCUGUUCAGCUUCGGACAGCUUCCAAUACCACGAUCGAUGGAGAUCAAUUAUUCCUAACGACGGCGGCCGCACAGGGCAUCUCCGGGUUGUUUGUGUGGACGGCUCUGCUGCUGACCUGCCACCAGAUCUACAUUCAUCUAAGAAAUUACACUAUCCCAAAUGAGCAGCGCUACAUCAUUCGGAUCUUGUUCAUUGUGCCCAUCUACUCCUUUGACUCCUGGCUGAGCCUCUUGCUCAUCGGCAAUGACCAGUACUAUGUGUACUUUGACUCAGUAAGGGAUUGCUAUGAAGCAUUUGUCAUAUACAGUUUCCUCAGUCUUUGCUUUGAGUACCUAGGUGGGGAGAGUUCGAUUAUGGUGGAGAUUCGUGGGAAGCCAAUAAAAUCCAGCUGUUACUAUGGAACAUGCUGUCUGCAGGGGGUGUCAUAUUCCAUUGGUUUUCUCCGGUUCUGUAAGCAGGCAACCCUGCAGUUCUGCAUAGUGAAACCCAUCAUGGCUGUUGUGACGAUAAUUUUGCAAGCGUUCGGGAAAUAUCAUGAUGGAGAUUUUAAUGUUCAGAGUGGCUACCUAUACAUCACAAUCGUCUACAACAUAUCCGUCAGUCUGGCUCUCUACGCCUUGUUCCUUUUCUAUUUUGCAACCAAAGAGUUGCUUAAUCCCUUUGAACCUGUGCUGAAGUUUCUUACCAUAAAAGCAGUCAUCUUUUUAUCGUUCUGGCAAGGAAUGCUCCUGGCCAUACUGGAGAGAGCAGGGGCCAUUCCAGAAGUCCAGAUUAUCCAUGGCAAUACAGUCGGGGCAGGCACGGUGGCUGCUGGGUAUCAGAACUUCAUCAUUUGUAUUGAGAUGCUGUUUGCAGCCAUCGCUUUGCGUUACGCCUUCACCUGCCAGGUCUACAGAGAGAAAAAGGAAAACUCAACAGCAGCAAAUGUGGCACCUAUGCAGAGCAUCUCAAGUGGUUUGAAGGAGACGAUGAGCCCACAUGACAUUGUACAAGAUGCAAUCCACAACUUCUCCCCCACAUACCAGCAGUACACCCAGCAUCCAAUGCAGGACUCUCAGCAAAAGCCACAGGGACAGAGUGAGAACAAGGCAGCAGCCAAUGGACACUCCAGCAAGAAAAAGAAGCAAAAUGAGAAAAUGAUGCUCAUCAUUUCAGACGAUGAACUCUAAGGCUGGAAAGCGCUAGCUGUGAUCGCUAGACAGAACUAUAAGACUGGAAACUGCUAUCUCUAUUCACUAGAUGGAACUAUCUGUGGCCAGUUACUGCAACUGGUUUGGUUUACUGACAUUUCAGGCAAAAGGAUCUUCUAAAGGACCCAGUGACACCCAACAUGUUCAACAAAGGACCUUUCAAGAAAAGCUAUAAACUUUUCAGCAUUCAACAGCCCCUUGGAAAUUCAUCUUGACCAUGCAAUUAUAUUGCAUGGCUACACCUGUCGGGGAAAAAAAAAACACAAAAACCUCAUUGAUUUUUUUUUUUUUGUGCAACUGAUCAUUGGCUGUGUCGGUGUUUCAUUGCUAUAUGUUGCUUCAGCUAGAAGAGCAUGGCCCUCUUUGUGUCCCAGCUUCAUAGAUCCACCUCCUUGACAAAUGACUGAUGUCUGUGUGCUCGGGGACUUUCCAGUGCCGGAGAAACCUAGAGACACUGCAGAUGGGAGCUUGUGUUCUUCACUCCUGCUGCCUACCUCUUUUCUCAUUUCAGCAGCUGUGUAGGCCAUCCUACAGUGAGCCUGGGGUGGAACUUCAGUUGGUAUGCUGGUAAUUCAACAUUAAGAAGGAUUUUAGUGAAAUUCGUAGGGCAGGGUCAUGGCGCUAUCACUGCUGAUAAUGACUGGUUGUGCAAAUAAACACAAACAAGGGUGCACUCGCCAAAAUGGUGACCCCAAAAGCCCCCCCAAAAAAAAAAAUCUCACCUGGUAAUGCAUGAGAAAGUUAAAAGCGAGUGUCCAAUUUUAAAUACCUUAAACAGUCCACAAAUGUCUUGCAGCUCUGCAUAUGGUAGAUCGGCCAAAGUACAACAAAAACUGGAUAGUACAGAUGAGAUAUUUAUCAAUGAUAAAAUAAAAAUAAAUACAGUCACAAAAGAUGUGGAGAUCAGUCGCAAAGAGCCACCAAUAGCCACAUUGGUGUGCAAGGACAAUCUACUCCCCCUUAAUGAUAGCC